UCGUAAUGUCAAUCUCUGGCUUUGCUCCUGUUUGGUGGCACAGUGGCAACAGGUGACAGGCAGUGCAUUGGCAACAACGAAGCCUUCUUCUGCUCAUGUGCGCCUGGUCCGCAUUGCUUUUUAAGGCAAAGAGCAACUGCUGAGAGACAACGAGUUCGUUGCCUAAGUCUUUUGUUUUUCCACCUCUCCGCGCUGCGUGCCGUUUCUUUCUUGAGCUUUCCAAGAACAGUCGGUGGCAAAACACUUUCGUUUGCGCUUCCACUGCGGCUUAAAUGAGUGGCAGCAAUCUUGGCCACUUGCUGGCCAAUUCAUGUGGCUCGUUGGUCGCGUGCUAAGCCUGGUCCAGGCCAUCAGCGCAAACAAGUUUUCUGCGCCGGCAGCGGUGCAGACGAAGACGCUCGAAAAAUCCGACCACUUUCUUUGCGGUGCGCAUUUCCAAUGGGACGACGCUACGUGGGCUUCCAGUGGAUGGAUCGUCAGCUAGUGGCCCAGCACAUGGUUUUUGUCCGGACUCUACUGCCGACUCCGAGUCAGUUGUCUUCGCGACUUGAACAAGUGCAGACGUCGCCGUAUCUGGCUCCGAGUACAUACCAUACAUACAUAUAUCAGAAAUUCUGUGCGUGCAAUUGCUACUGAAGAAAGCGCUGCGGCGGACGCUGACAUGAAGUUAAUUGAUGUGAUUAUAUACUUAAUUGUCAUUUUGAUCUUCAUCUACUUGCUGCUUGAGGCUUAGAAGCAGCCAAAGGUCAGUCAACUAUUGCCCAGAGCUUUCUACAACAACGGCAACAACAUCAUCCUCAACAUCUUUCGACAAACCGACGAAAAUCUCUACAAACCCAAACCAAGAUGAGGCCUUUCAUUCUCCUUGCGCUCCUCUUGACGAUGGCCAAUUGUGAGCCGCAGUCGCCGCAUAGUGGCAGGCAGCGUCCCCUCGUCUAUGGCAAUUGGCCGCCAAAAAGCGCCAACCAGUUGUCCCGUCCUGCGGCUGGAGCGGGUUCAGGAGGUGCCCCUGGAAAGCAGCGCACACUGGUCGUCCAGAUACGCAGCGAUCAGCCCGUGCCACUAGUCCUCAAGGGUCGUCCUGGUCACGCACACACACAUGCGGCCCACCAGCACUUGGCCCACGCACAUGCAGUCCAUCCACAUGUCUUGCAGCACCCCCAUUCGCACGCCCACCUGCAUGGUCAUCCUCACCUCCUGCACGUGCCACAGCAUCAGCACCAGCAUCAGCAUCUUCGAGGACCUCGACCUAUCAAAAUAAGCGCUCCCGUCUACCUGAAGCCCGCCAGUGCAGUGCGCAAGCCCCUCAAGAUCAAGCUGAACAAUUCGAAGCCUAAGACGAAGCCAACCUUCGGAUACGACAAGCCUUUUAAGUUUGAAAAACCCACUGCUGUGUCCUACAGCGAGCUGCAGAAUUUGCCGCUGGACACGCACAACAACUUCAACACUGAGCACUUUGCACCCAUUUACACGGUACCCGCACCGAAUCUGGCCGUGCACGACAAUCACUUGGAGCUGGACGAUGGCCAUUUUGCCACCGCUUACCUUCCCCCACAGCACACUUCCCAGUCCCCGCCCACAUCCGCAUCCGCACGCCCACAGACAUACUUGGCACCGGGUUACAAUGUGCAUGAGGAUGAAACAAAUGACCAAACAAUCCGCGAUCCCAUUUCGGGCUCGCAGAAACUCUUUGCCCCAGAUCCAGAUCCCUCGCUGCCCACCUCAAAGAUUCGCCCCGCCACUGAGUCCUUCAAUACCCCGAGCAACAACAAGCCUCUGCCAUCUGAUGUCCAGAACAAUCAUCUGCCCGCCCAGCCACUGGUGCAGAUUGUGGGCGCCCAGGCAGCCGCUCAAACGGCCCCGGAGAUCUACCCCAUCCAGUACGCCCAGCAGACCCAGCAGUUGCAACCGUUCCUAGCCGCCUCCAUUUCCGCCGCCCACAUUCCCAUCUACAAUCCCACCUAUCUGGUGACCCAGUCGAAUCAGCUGUACUCCCAGCACAAGCAACAGCUCUUCAAGCCCAGCGCGGAGCAUGUUCUCGAGACUGGCUAUGUGAACGCGGAUCUGACUCAAGAGGUGGCCAGCAAUGGACAGAUUCUGCAGGCAGCCAAGGACCCGCAUCACAAUAUUCAUCCCGUGCUGGACUCGGCGCCGCAAUACGCAGCUCUGAUUGCUGCCCCGGCUCUGGGUGAGCCUGUGGAAAGCGCCUACGAGACGGCUUCCUUCCAUUUGCCUAAUGUGGCCUCGGCGGUGGCUUCCACGGCUCCGGAGGGAGGCUUUGUGGUGUCCAACUACUACGGCCAUUCGCACGAUUCCUCGCAAUUGCUCCAGGCCUAUGCAGAGGAGGAGGCCCGCCGUCAGCAACUGGAGACCGAGCACGCAGCCCUGGAGUUGCAAAAGCAGCAGCAAUAUCACCUCGAUGAGCUCAAGGCGCAAGCGCUGGAACAGCAGCAGCAACAGCAGUUUCAUCUGGAGGAACUGAGGGCCCAUGCUCAGCGGCAGCAGGAGCAACAGCAGCAACAACAGCAGCAUCUGGAGGAGCUGAGGGCACAGGCUCAUGCCCAGCAGCAGCAACAGCAGCAUCUGGAGGAGCUGAGGGCACAAGCACAUGCCCAGCAUCAGCAGCAGCUGCAGUUCGAAGAGCUGAAAGCCCAGGCCGAGGAGCAGCACUUGCAGCACCAACAGCAGCAGCAACAUUUGCAGCUGUUGCAACUGCAGCAGCAACAUCAGCAGCUCCAACAGCCUGUCCAACAUCACCCGCAGCCCGCCCAGGACCCGGCUGCAACUGCGUUCGAGGAGCAUCAGCGACUAGUGCAGCAACAGCUGGGCAGCAACACGCCACUGCGCAUCUUUGUGCCAGACGAGGAGGCUGCGUCCGAAUCGCGCCUCCAAAAACGAUCGGAUGAUCUGAAGAAAGGCACGGUGGAGGAUGUGCACAAUCUGGGAACGACCGACAGCGAGGUAGAGUCAGCCAAAGAUUUAUUUGAGGUCUCCACCUCCGUAGAAGUUGCCGGCGAGCAUCACAAUGCCAGCAGUAUAUAGUUGUUUUUGUUGUUAUGGCAUAGUCUUCGACGCUGUUCCAAUAUUUAUUCUACACACUCAUUUGUAUAAAUGCAUUCAUAUAGCGAGCAGUCGGUAGUUAAAUAAAUAUAAUCAU